CAAAGAACCCCAGAAUUUGUCCAUCUGCGUGGAAUGAGGAGCCGUUUCUAGGUGCUGCCUCAACGUUCUCGCUUAUCGCACACUCUACUUCACCAGCAGAGGAGUCGACGAAGUGUCUUUCUCUCUCUCUCUAUUCCCCACCCCUCGAAUUUCAACACAAUUUCUGCCCGCCGUCGCACUGCUCCUCCUACGCUCACUCCUCCUAGUUACCGCAUUUCCCCCGCCCCGCCACCAUGAAUAUCUUCAGAUUCCUCGGCGACAUGACUCACCUGAUCAGUAUUCUAAUUCUGCUUCUCAAAAUCUACGCCACCAAAUCCUGCUCAGGGAUUUCUAUGAAGACGCAGGAGCUGUACGCUUUGGUAUUUCUCGCGAGGUACUUGGAUCUGUUCACGAACUUUGUCUCCGUUUACAACCUUAUUAUGAAGCUGGUCUUCAUAGCCAGCAGUCUCGCCAUUGUGUGGUGCAUGCGGAGGCAUCCUCUGGUCCGGCGUUCUUACGAUAAGGACCUCGAUACCUGCCGUCACUAUUUUCUCAUCGGCGGAAGCUUUGUGUUGGCCUUGCUUUGGCACGAGAAGUUCACAAUUGAGGAGGUGACUACUGGCUGCUAUUUUGUUAAUCUUAUGUCCUUGUUGAUCCGGUGUGAUUUUGGAAUGAUCAUAGUUGCAAUUUUUCCUCAGUUGGUGAUGCUCCAGAGGAGCGGCAAUGUGGAUAAUUUAACAGGGCAAUAUGUCUUAUUUCUCGGGGCCUACCGUGGACUCUACAUCUUGAACUGGAUAUACCGUUAUGUGACUGAGAAGCAUUUCGGACGUUGGAUAGCUGUUAUCUCUGGUGUCGUACAAACAGCCUUAUAUGCAGACUUCUUCUACUACUACUUUUUGAGUUGGAAGAACAACGGAAAGCUUCAGCUACCAGCUUGAAAGCCGGGACAUAGGUUCAUCAUGAGGUGCUUACUGUGGGGUGAAAGUUCUAACAAGGGUUUUAUGUCGUCAGCAGCUAGAGAGUUUACAGAGAAAACAGGGGUUUGCAUAUCCUAAAUGAUUUUACUUUUUGGAUUACAUGAGAUAAGAUAUUUGCUCGUCGUUUUGAAAUGGUCCUCGGUGGGUUUUCUGAGUAGCAGCAGCAGCCUCCAUUUACUUCCAUAGAUGUAAAGGCGGAUGGAUGGAUGGAUACAAGGGUAGGAGUAGGGGCUUUACCACCAUUCACCGUUGACUGGUGAUGUCAACUGAUUUACCAUUAACCCUUGUUCAAGUCAUAUCAUACACGUUUGCUGAACCGUGACAAACAUUGGUUUCAUUUCUUUGUUCAAAUUUGCAACUUGGAUUCUUUGUUUCGUUUUCUUCCUCGUUUCUGUGUUGCUUUAUCCGAUGCGAAACUGAAAGCGGCCGGGAAGGGGAGAGCUGAACUCUUGCCAUAUUGGACAAGGACGAAACUGCUAAUUGCAUUUGCCAGGCUCUUGCUCUCACCUUUGGCCGCUUGUGCCGGAUAUAUUUGGCUCUUGGUUCAUAAAUUCUAUAUUUAUCUUAGAGAUUCCUCUUCCGUUCUCUUGUAUGAAAUGGGUGGCUUGGUUUCGGAGUUUCAUUUAUGGGUUCAUCAAGUGUGUG